GGCAGAUUUUUGGUAUGCUCCAUCGAUUUGGGGACAUCGAGACGUGAAUCGGCAAGACAUUAGGUGAAUCGUAAAGAGCGAUUCAACGAUUGAUAAUCGACAGUUACCAGAAUAUACUGGAGAUGAGCUCUCCGCAGGAAGAUAUCGCUAUAGACGGUAGCGAAAUUGGUCGGGGGAGAGUUUCCAAAUCAAAAAAGUCUCGCCGUAGCUGGUCAACACAAGAGGAGGCAGUCCUGUUGGUAGCACUGAAGGAGCUAGUUGUGCAGGGAUGGAAAGCUGACAAUGGGUUUCGAGCUGGGUACUUGAACAAACUCGAGGACGCGAUGCGUAAUGAGUUUCCGAAUACGGACCUAAGGGGCAUGCCACAUAUCAACUCAAAGAUAAGCGCUUGGAAAAAAAAUUACAACUCUUUGCUCUUGAUGUUCAGCAAGAGCGGAUUUGGGUUCAAUCUGAAGGGUACUUUUAUGAUAGAUUGCACGAACGAAUUGUGGGAGGAGAUCGUUAAGUGUGACAACAACGCUGAGAAUAUGAGGUUUAAAAGCUGGCCCUUGUUCGAAGACUGGAAACAGAUUUUCGGAAAAGAUAGGGCGACCGGGGAACAUGCGGAGGAUGUGAUGGAGGCUGUUAACAAGGUUUAUGCGGCAGAUAACAUGGCGCAAGAUAGUUUGGGUCAGUCUAGUCAUGACGAAGUUGCAAAUGACACGGCAGAAGCUAGUGCCUGCCACAACGAGAAGGGAGCAGGCACAACGAGAACUAGCAGCAAGAAGCGCAAGGCACGCAACGCAGAGGUUGAUAUCUUAUACUUAGCCUUGAAGGAAAUCAGCAGCAACACGGACAAACGUUUGGCAGAUCUAGCUAAUCGGACUGGGUAUGAGUUCGAUCUAGGGAAGGCGAGACAAACUAUUUUCGAGCAACUCAGCUGUAUUCCCGGUCUGUCUAGGAGUGAGAAGUUCGAUGUUUGUGAGAUUCUAGCUGACAAGGUGCAAAGGCUCGAGAUUUUCAUUGGCUUACCGGAAGAUGCAAAGUACGAUUACGUGAUGCGUUUACUGCAUUCCAAAAACAACUAACUAGUUGUUUCUUCCUUUUGGUUAUUUUGGCAUGGAUUUGGUGUA